ACAAGCUCAUCCUUACUAUAACGAUGAUGUCCCGCGUUCUUUACUUGUUCAUCCUCAUCUCUAUUUAUUCAACAAUCCAAAUUACCGGCGCCUCCACAGCUGCAUACAACGCCACAGAACUAAUCCUCCUAAGCUGUGGCGCAUCAACCGUCACAAACGACACCAGCCACCGGAGUUGGGACAGCGAUGAAGCUUCAAAAUACAUGCCGUCAAACGCUACCUCCAUAUCUUCAGCUUCUGAUGCUUCCACUAUGGAACCUUCGGUUUUUGCAUUCCCUUACAAGACUGCUCGUAUUUUCCACUCCCCUUUCACGUACACUUUUCCCCUCACCAGAGGCCAAAAAUUCCUUCGCCUUUACUGGUACCCCAACGUUUAUUCCGACGUCGACACUCGUCAAUCUUUAUUCUCUGUCAAAACAAAUUCCUUCACCCUGUUUAGUAACUUCAGUGCUUUCCUUUAUUCCAAGAAUUUAAGCCAAUCUUCUUUUAUGAUGGAAUUCAUCGUUAACAUUGGAGCAACUCUAAGACUGGAUUUGACCUUCACCCCCAAUCCAGAAUCUUCUGCUUUUGUAAACGGAAUUGAAAUUGUUUCCAUGCCUGAUAAACUCUACCUUUCGGAAGAAGGCGUGGAAAUCAAAUAUGUGGAUCGAUCGUUUUAUCUUGACAGCAACACUGCUUUGGAAAAUCUGUACAGGCUGGAUGUGGGCGGCGCCAUUACUAUUGCGAUAGAAGAAGAUAGUGGGCCCACUCGCGGCAUGUUUCGGAGAUGGAGUCCUGAUGAUGACUACGUAGUCUAUGGUGAUAGGGGGUACAAGCGGAACAAAGAGGAACCUGUGAUCAACUACACCAGCAAAACUCCUCCCUAUACUGCGCCGCCUCAAGUAUACAUAUCUGCUAGAACAAUGACCAACAUCAGCUUAAGUUUAGAGUGGGGUUUUCCGGUUGAUUCUGGAUUCUACUAUCUGCUCCGCUUCCACUUUUGUGAUUUUGUGUUCCGUAAGGCAGACGACUUAUCGUUCUCAAUAAAAAUCAAUAAUCAGACUGCUGAUAUUGAUGUUGAUGUCAUCUCCUCGGCCGGCGGCCCUAAUAUUCCCAUCUUCAGAGAUUACAUAACAUGGAUUCCUGAUGAUGGAAAUCGUGGAAAGCAAGACUUGCGGCUAUCUUUGGUGCCUUACAUUAAGCCAGGAACAGGAUAUCGUAGCUCUUUGCUAAAUGGUUUGGAAAUUUUCAAACUCAAUGAUACGAAAGGAAGUUUUGCAGCAUCCAAUCCUGAACUCAAGAUCGAGUCUCCCCCAGGGUCAGUAGCGGGGAACACGCUGCCGAAGAAGAAAGCCCGUGUUGUAACUUACACUAUGGUGGGGAGUAUUAUCGGCGUAGUUGUCGUGGUUGCAGCUAUGAUUUUUCUGAUUCUCCGGCGUCAGUGGAAAGUGAAGAACUCGGCCACGAGCGUCACCAAGUCAAAGUGGUUUCCACUUUCCACAUCUACUGUAAGAACUAGCAGGUCAGGCGUCUCCCUGCCUUCAGAUAUAUGCAGAUACUUCUCCAUCGACGAGAUCAAAACAGCCACUCGCAACUUCGACGACAAUUUCGUCAUCGGCAAGGGAGGCUUCGGCAACGUCUACAAAGGCCUCAUCGACAACGCAGCCACCACCGUCGCAAUCAAAAGGCUCAACUCCACCUCCAGACAAGGCGCUCGCGAGUUCCUCACCGAGAUCGAAAUGCUCUCCAGGCUUCGCCACCUCCACUUGGUCUCCCUCAUCGGCUACUGUGACGACGACGGCGAGAUGAUCCUGGUAUACGACUACAUGACCCACGGCACCCUCCGAGACCACAUCUACAACUCCGACAACUCGCCCCUAAGGUGGAAGCAGCGCCUCCAAAUCUGCGUUGGCGCAGCCACGGGACUGUACUACCUCCACACCGGGGCCAAGCGCUCCAUCAUCCACCGCGACGUCAAGUCUACCAACAUCCUUCUGGAUGGGAAAUGGGUGGCCAAGGUGUCUGACUUCGGCCUCUCCAAAGUGGGCCCAGCCGCAGGUAGUCAAGCACACGUCAGCACAGUCGUCAAAGGCAGCUUGGGCUAUGUCGACCCGGAGUACUACCGCACGCAGCAGCUAACGUUGAAAUCUGAUGUGUACUCGUUCGGGGUGGUGUUGUUCGAAAUGUUAUGCGCGAGGCCACCGAUAAUGCCAACCUUGCCAAGGGAGCAAGCUAAUUUAGCAGAGUGGGCCAAAUUUUGCUACAAGAACGGAACACUUGAUCAGAUUAUCGAUUCCAAUCUCAAGGGUCAGAUUGCGCCUGAAUGCUUGACCAAUUUUGCCGAAAUAGGUGUAGCAUGCCUUAGUGAGAAGGGGAUUGAUCGGCCAUCGAUGAAUGACAUUGUUUGGAAACUGGAGUUUGCAUUACAGCUUCAAGUGUCGGCAGAGGACAGAGGUGAAGGCAUGGACGAUGGGUUUACGGCCUUUAGCCCCUCGCUGCCGUUGCUCGGUAUUGGUGCAUCUACCACGACGGACGGAGACACGUUUUCUAGAUCAAAGAGCAGCGAGUUCUCGAGCAGCAGUGAAAAACUCAAGUCUGCAGAUGCUUUCUCUGAAAUCAUGAACCCCUCAGGCCGUUGAGGUCGUAAUUUUCUGUUUUUCACCGUUGUAUUUUUAUUUUACUUUAAUCUCAUUCACUGUGCUAGGAUAAAAAGAUUAUAUUGUGAUGAUGUAGUUACCAAUCAUGUGUCCUACACAAAGAUGUCUCCGGUUUAUUCAUUGCCCCUCAUGAAAGGCAAUAAUAUAUAUGCUAUUGAAAUUUUCUGCA